AUGGACUCCCAAGAAAUCCUGGCCAUCCACUCAAUUCUGCAUUUAAUCUUUCAUCGUAACAAAAACCAGCAUCAUGGUGCAAAGUGGUGGAAAUGGCUGUCCGUCUUAAAGCGCACCACCCUGGAUCUCGCCCGAUCGGGCGCGCAAGCUCAUCUCGUCCACAUCGUCCCACGAUGCUAUGUGGCGUUUUCUACGGUUGUUGCUGACAACCGCUUCGCUUCGCUUGGGAUCGUGCUCCUGGCUACGUUGGCGCGAUUGUCCAAAGUGACUGGAAUCAGUCAGGAAUUGAAGACCUCACCCAGGGCAAUCAAACCUAAAAAGACAGGCCCUGUCGUCAAGGAAGAUCUCGGGGAACGAGUGGCCCGCGUUGACGCGGCACCCUCUGUCAAAUCAGUCAAAAUAGCUCGACCUGAAUCAGUGCCCGAGCCCGCAGAGAAUGACUCAAAACGACGAAAGCCGAAGAAGUCAAAGAAAAAGAAGAAUGCUAUUGAUGAUGUAUUCAACGGGUUGUUUUAA